AUGGAUUUGAAUGAUCAAAUGACUGCAAUAAAACAAGAACAGUUAAUAAGUGCCCAGACACUUGGGCUGUCAGGUUAAAGUGCACAUUAAAAACUGUCAAUCAAAUGACAAAACCGCAGAUGCUUCAUCUAUUUAAUUCAGAGUAAGAUUCGCUAAUCGGAGUUCUUUGUCGGCCUUGACAAAAAGUCAAGUUAUUAAUAAUUACAUAAACCAGGCAAAAAUUAACAUAUAUAAAUUUCGAAAUUCGACCUAAAGCUAAUACUACCUGGCAAAGGAAGUUUUAUUUUAAAAGGUGUUAUUUUAUGAACAAGGAAAUGAAUUUCGUUGUUGACGCUUAAACACGGACAAUCUCACUGCCUGGGCCAUGACUGACUGUUCGCCUAAUUUAACACACGACUGGGGUGUGAUAUUUAUUUUGCUUAAUUCUCUUUUCAGUUUGGUUGCUAUCGGCGGAAAUUCUACAGUUUUGUUGAUCAUCUACAGAGUACGCGCGCUGAGAAGUUCGUCAAAUAUCCUCAUCGCAUCGCUGGCGAUUGCAGAUCUCGAAGUCGGCCUUGUUGUGUAUCCUGUCUACAUCGCGUUAACUGUCACAAGGAAGUGGUUCAGCGCGCACCUUGUGUACAGACUGGAAAACUUUCUUUGGAUUCAAUGUUUAGUAACAUCAACAUUUACCCUCUGCGCAAUUAGCAUCGACAGGCUUAUUGCCGUAACGUUCGCCAUUCGGUACAAACAAAUAAUAACAAAAAAGCGGUGCUACCGAAAAAUCCUUUCAAUUUGGAUUACAUCUUUGUUGUUCGGAUGUUCCAGUUUGUUUGUCGCGGAUACUGGCAAGGCAUCUGUUCUUUGGAUUGUAACGCUUGUGCUAACAUUCGUCAUACCAUUUGCAGUAAUAAUUUACAGCUAUUUUCAGAUAUUUAAAGCAGUACAUGAGCAAAAAGAAAAGAUCUGUCGCCUAAGUCCAAUGGAAGCUGCAGACAUGCUUAAGAAUAGGAAAGCAGCAUGGACAGUGGCUAUCGUUGUUUCUAUAUUUUUCAUGACAUUUUUCCCAAACGUGGUGUUCUCGGCCAUAGACGUAACUACGAGAGAUUCCUGCAAGAAGGCGCUAGUUUACCGACAUUUGUUAUGGGGAAUUCUACCUGCUUUUAGUAGCUCGGCUUGGAAUCCUUUCGUCUGUGCUGCCAGAAUCAGAGAAUUCAGAUGCGAACUAAAGCGCUUGUUCAAGCUAUCUCAAAAUUUUAGGUAACUACUCUGUCUUCUCCCUCAGUUUUUUAUCUCGCUCAGCAAACGCCAUGAGUACAAUCAAGAGCCAUAAUGGGACUGGUACAAUCUCAACGAAAGAAUCGUGAACAAAACAUUAAACAGCAUUUUGCGAGUGCGCUCUUCCAAAUUAUUAGUUUAAUUUUGUAACGCUUUUCUCGCCAUUUUUCUCACGAGCCCGGAAUUCAAGGCUUUUGAAAAUAAAAUAACCAGGGAUCUAAUUUUGGUGUAAUAAGACAUACUGUUAAACUUCAUUUAAGCGAUACGUUAAUUUGUUUAUAUUUGAGGACACCAAAUCGCAUUCUUAAAUAAAAUAUAGAGUUCCCCAGGAAGUCAAAAGUUAUUGGUUUUUAUGAAAAAUAAAUAAAGUCACAUUAUAUAGGCCUAUUAAAAGAGAUUUCUUAAGAAAUAAAACGGUAAAAACGAGCGAUAAAAUCCGACGUUUCGGAGUAGUCAUGACUCCAUUAACAUGUAAUGAUUGGCAAUGGCGGAGGACUGUUGUUUAUGUCCUUUUACACGAUUGUGUAAAUGUCUGCGUGUGUAACGUACAUAGCCUGCAUCACACAGGUCACAUUGGAAGUAAUAAACGUUUAGUACACACUUUAUAUAUACUCCUUUCUUUACUGGGAAAUUUUAAAGCACGUUAAGUCUUUUCUUUGAAAUUGGCAGCAGUCUUACGUUACUAGUUACUAGUUUCGUUGCCUUGACAGACCCGACUGAUUAUUUUUACUGUCGGCUUAAGACAUCUGUAUAAAGUUGAUUUACGUCGCAUAUAUAAUGCAAAAAUAAUACGCUUUUUCUUUGCAACAUCAAUUAUUCUGUCUUGCUAUAAUUCUCUCUGCCACUCUGACUAGUAACUCGCGCGGAUAGGAGGGAGAGUACUUACAGUUGAAAUAUACAGUCAGCAUGCCAGAAAAAAUCUCGAUUUGCUUGAACAGGGUCCGCGAGGAAUCGGUAUAGGUAAUGAUGACGUUUCUAUUGUUUGCACCCGCAAGUACGAAAUGGUUAGAUGACGUAAAGACAGAAAAUCCCGAAGGGACCGCUUAGGUAGAUUUGGUGACAUUUAUUGUGCGGUUAUACUUCGCUACUCUUUUCGGUCAAGCGUUUGUGGAGCAGUUUUUUUGAAAGUUAUGGACCAUAAGACACUCGUUAAGCGCAGAUGAAGUUAUAAGGUGCGUAUAAAUAUGUAUAUAUAUAAACACUUGGAGAGUUUGCCAGACACGAGUUCACAAAUCUUUGAUUGGAAGCCUUGCCAGACACUCCUUCUCUUGCUAAGAAAAUAGACACACCGUUAAACCAGGAUUCAAAAGGGAAACUAGAGGAAACCUUUCUCUGUGCUUCCUUUUUUGUUUAGGCACAUAAAUCUCUUUACAAAAUCCAGGACAGAUUUCGUGAAAAGUUAAUGUUUUCUAAAGCGAGGUUAAGGGACAGUCACCUCUUAGACCUCCCAUUACAGCUAUUGUGCCGGUGUUUAACGCAAAUCUUAUGAAAACAACAAAAAAAGUCAGUCCCAGUUGAAGUGUCGUUUUGCUAAAUGCGCAUUCACUAUAAAUCGAUUCUUCAUAACAAUCUGAAUACACCGCCACUUCUUAGUGAAAGUAUUCCUCCGCUAACAAAUUGUGAUUGAGAUAACUAUACCUGCGGAGGUUACAAUACUUCAAAUUGUCUUAACAUUUCUCUGACGAGCUUCAAGGAACUUAAACUGACGUCAUGGUUUGAGUAUGGAUGUUGUACACGGGACCCGCACAUUCAGUGUUGAGAGCGUGCAGAGACGAGUGGCACGUUUUGUUACAAAUGAAUAUAGCACCACUCCCGGAACUGUCACGAAAAUUCUGAAUGAUUUGAAAUGGCUAACACUCGAGAAAAGAAGGAAAGUGGCACGAUUUACAACAAGGUUUAAAGUAGUUUCUGGUCUAUCAGCUACACAAUUUCAACCAUAUAUGUUAUUUAAAAGGCGACAGGGCACUAGGCAAUUCCACCUUAAGAAAUUCAUUCAAGUUGGUGCUAAAACAAACAAAUACCAACACAGUUUUAUUGCACGUACAAUCAGAGGCUGGAACUCCUUACCAAGUAGUGUCAUUGAAAAGCAGUCAGUAGAGGCUUUCAAACAGGCCGUCGUGUGCUAUCUUUAAAACGCUGACCACCAGGAGUUUUUUUUUUAACUUAAUAUUGGCACCAUAAUUGUAUUUUUAACAUUAGAGUUAGGUUAGAGUUACAUGCUAAGAUAUGGCACUCUUCAACUGUUUGUUAACAAAAUAGACACACCUUAACCAGGAUUCAAAAGUAAAUCAAAACGUGGAAACCUUCUUCGGGUUAUCUUUUUGUUUAGGUGCAUUAGAAGCUCUUUAAAUAAUCGAGGUCAGAUUAUGAAAGAUAACAUUACCUUCUCUUGGUAUCUAUGCGCUGAAGCAAGUUUAAGGGCCUUUCACCUCUAAAGCUUUCUAUGAAAAUCUUCCUAAAAGAAAUAAUCGGUCUCCAAUGUUCUUUUUUUUUCUUAGUGUUUUUCUAUUUAGGUUUUUGUUUAAUUACUAUAGAGCACAGCUGAGA